AUGAGUUCCAAGUCGCGGAAGCGGUCUCGCGCCGUUGCGGACGAGAACCGGGCCGACUGUCCCUUCACCGUCACCAUGGUCGCGACCCCCUCGUAUGAGGACCAUGCCUCCAAGAAGCGAAAGCGCGAUGGCCCGGACGACGACAAAAAGGAACUGGUCCAGCCGUCGCCCUUUGAGCCCCGCGGCAAGUUCAAGACGCACCAGACCAUGGACCUGGCCUAUACCGUCGAGCCGCGCAAGCGGUGGCUGGACAUGACGCGCUACAAUAGCUUCGUUCUCAACAACGUCAAGUACUUCAACGAGGACUUUGUCUACAUCGCCAACGAUGCCACCAUUGAGCGCCAAAAGUCGACCAACAGGGAGUCGGAGCGCCAGGGCUUGCUGCAAUCCACCGACUACUGGGUCGCCAAGAUCCUCGAAGUCCGCGCCGUGGACGAGCACCACGUCUACGCGCGCGUCUAUUGGAUGUACUCGCCCGACGAGCUUCCCGCAAACACUCUCGACGGCAAGAAGGUCGUGUCGGGCCGCCAGCCGUAUCACGGCCAAAACGAAUUGAUAGCUUCCAACCACAUGGAUGUCAUCAACGUUGUCAGCGUCGCUAUGCGCGCCGUCGUCAACCAAUGGGUGGAAUCCGACGAUGAGCAGGUGCAGGACGCCUUGUAUUGGCGGCAGGCUUUUGACUGUCGAACCUCGCAGCUCUCGUCUGUCGAACUGACGUGCAAAUGUAAAACGCCCGCAAACCCAGACAAGACUCUGGUUGGCUGCACAAAUUCGGAUUGCGAGGAAUGGCUACACUACGAGUGCCUGGCGCACGACGUCCUAAUGAGAACGUACGAGCGGCUAGGGACGGAAAAGCCGCACAUCUCGGGCGAGCUGGACGGGUCCUCGGCCAAAGUGGAGCGGGACGACAAGCCGGCGACGGCACUUCACUCGACGACUCCUACCGACAUCAAGGGCGAGGAGACGAUGCAGCCGACGGUUGGGGUCAAGGAAGGAGAAAACGGAGACUCUGUCCCUAUCAAGCAAAUCGACGGCAUCACGCCCAAGACGACGGAAUCGCCCGUGCCCGGAACGCCGGCGCCGGCCGUCGAGAAGCUGCCGAGAUUGUCUUCAGGCAAGAAGGGCCGGCCGAGGAAGGCGACGGAGAGCAGACCUUAUGAGGGUCUCUUCGAAGCGAGCCUGAAGCUCGAUGACGGCCCGACGAUGUGGCGAAUCACCAACUUGAGAGCCAACGUCUCGGGUGGCGACCGCACAUGGUCCGAGAGGGCUCAGUGCCUGAUUUGCGGCACCAAGAUCGACUAA